AAAUUCCACAUAGGACAUCCGGGUUUUUUCACGAUGUAUUUGUUGUCUCUACAAGAAACUUCCUCAUAAUUAAUUGAUUAAUAUCUGCUGUUAUCUCUAAGAUUUAGAGCUCAUUAGAGUUCAACCGUUAAGCAACACUACUGUCUGUCUACCUAGCUAAGGCAACUAGUCCCUUCUAUAAAUAGCAAGCUGUAAAGCUAUAUCUACUACCUAACCUACAUCUUUAUUUCAAUGCUACCUGCAUAGUAAUAUUUCUCUCCCUGACAUAAUAUUUCGAUAUUCACAACACCUUCAAAAUGGAUGACGUUCCACCUCCACCAUAUAGCGAAACAGAUGUCUAUUCUCGCUCCGGGCGGCCACAAGCUACUCGAACGGGAUCAAAUGAUGAUAAUGUUUCGGUUACCGCAUCCUCUUCUCGCAGCAAUACUAUCUAUACCCCACCAGACACACCCCGAGAAUCACAUUAUAACUUCGCGGGCGCUGAUGAUGCUCGUACAACCACCUCUGCUCAUUCCUACUUCGAAUCCCGUCCUGCCUCUAAGCAGGCAACAGGCCAAAACUUGGUGAUAUCAUUGGCAAUCACAGAAGAUGCUUCUCCGGAUGACUUCCCAUACCCAAACUGGGCAAACGAGCAUGACACCACCGAACAAGAUUGGCAUACUUUCCUAAAUUACCUCAUUCCCGAUCAUUCCUCCCGAUCAAACUCGCACAUAGUCGAUCGUAAACUCCAAGCUGAACAUGAUGCACCAUCGUCCCCGACUGGAAGAACCAUUGCCGAGGCCCAGUUAGGACAGAUCAAAUCUAAUUCCGAUUCACAUUCACAAGCUCCACGCGAUAUUGAUGCCACCAUUCGCGAGUGGAACGAUGGCUUCUUUGGACCUAGGGGUGUAACUAUACGCCGUGCCCCAGCCUCGUACCCUGGGACACCUCAAAUGCCUAGUGCCGAACGUGUCCCCAGUGCUGACUCGCAAUCUCAGCCUCAGCCUGAGGCCGCUAGGUCAAGAUGGAAUCCAUUCAGACCAUUCGAGGCAAACAGCCGUGGCCUUCGCAUUGGGCGUCUCGCUAUUGAUGGCGACCGUGUAUCGAUCGGCGACUCGUUCGAAGUAGACAGGAAUGGCGUACGUUGGAACGGCCAAUCCAUAGAUGGCAGCCCCAACCUCCCUGGUUCCCGACCUCGAGGCGAUUUCCCUCCCGAGUCCAGCUCUUUCAAUGAUGUCCCACAAGGAAGAGGUUUUGGUCGUGGUCGAGGUCGCGGUCGUUGGUGGAAAUCCGGCCAAUCCGGCCGUCAUUGGGGUGGAUCAUGCGAUCGCUCUAGCUCUAGCUCUUCGUCGUCGUCAUCGGACUCGGACUCGGACUCUAGCAUAGGCAGUCUCCCCGAUUGGGACGAUCUAAAAGAUACCCAACUCCCCGUUACCAAGAUAUCCGUCUCGGCCUGGCUUUCCCACCCGGAACAGCCUGUAACUAGGGAAAUGCUCAAAGCUACCCGCUCCGAAAUCAAAGCAGCCAAGAACGCUGCGCCACCAACUAACGAUCCAACAUGGGAAGUCAGUCGACAGGCCAUGCGGCAAGAAGUCCGAUCGCUAUUGACACGAUUCAAGGAUCUCAAACGUGAGCAGAAGAAAGCCGCAAAAGCCAUGCGCAAGGAGCGACGGGAGCAAAAGAAAGCACUUAAGCGCGAACGUAGAGACCGCCGCCGAGCCGAAAGACGUGAACAGAAGAACCACGAGCGCGAAUUCAACCGUGCACAACGUGAAGCCGGGCGCAACACCCGCCAUAGUCCAGGUGGUGGUGUAUUCGAGCAUCCGAUCUCACACAUGCCACCCACAGGCUCCCCUAUAAUUCCCGGUCCUAGCCCACCAGGUUUAUUCGGCGGCGGUGGCCCAUUCAGUGGGGGCGGUCCCUUUGGCGGCGGACCAGGUUUUGGUCGUGGUCGCGGCCGUGGAGUUGGUCCUUUCGGUCACCCUCAUCCGCCCUGGGAAAACCCGGUUCAACAUGCGCAGUGGGAAAGCGAACAAGCACGUGCAAACGCACAACUCCAAAGCGACCUCGCUCGUACCCAAGCCGAUACCGCAAGGGCGGCAGCACACGCACAAGCAGACGCCGCGCGUGCACAAGCUCAGGCCCAAGCUGAUCGUGCAUUAAGAGCCGCAGAUGCAGCACGAGCGGAAGCCGCGGCUGCGGUGGCAGCGUGGACGAAUUCGAGAAGACACCCGUUCCUCUCGCCGUCGAUGUCGUCGCUGCGCCCGCGCACGAGGGGGCAUUCGCAGACUAGGUCUACGACUGAUGCUAGUGAUAAUGGUGCGAAGAAAUUCGAUAAUAAAUACGAGGAAGCGGAUGCCUUAGAGGCGCAGAUGGUGGUUAAAGCAAAUGAACUACUAGCUCUACGCGAGCGGAUUGAAAGGGAAGAAGCUGAGGCCGAAGCCGCGAGGAUUGCUAGUGAGGGGGGUGAAAGAGGGGUUAUGGAAGAGAAGAAUAGAACGCAGGCUCAGCGUGAUGCUGAGGCGUUGGAGAGGGAGAUUGACGGAUUGACGAAGGAUGUGGAUAGGUUAAGGAUGGAAGGUGAUGAGGAGAUGGCUAGGAGGAUGGAGAAGGAGAGUUAGGAAUGAGAAUGAGUUAAACGGCUAUAUAAGCCCCCAGGGGCUAGGAAUGAUUGAGAUACCUAUGAUUUAGAGAGGAAAACAACAAAAAAGGAUCUGGGAGUUUGUUGAUCAUGGCUAUAUGAAAGGAAGGGAAUAUGGUCAUGGGAUCUAUGAUGAGUAAUGAAAGGACAUACGAAUGGGGGCGUUGUUAUAGCAGGCGAGAAUGAAUUCAUGAUCUCUUUUUUUUCUGCAU